UAUCCCAGUGAUAUUUUUUAUUCCUAAAGUCUUAUUUUACUGUUGAAAUAAGUAUUAAAAUGAUUACCACAGCUUUGACAGUGUUAUUUUUGGUAACUUUAGUGUUUUACAUUGUUACACAUUGUAAUCGAAAAGGUCGUCUAUUAGGAAGAAUACCAGGGCUGAUCGAUUACCCCAUCGUUGGCAAUAUAUGGACGUUUAAUUUUAACAAUAUGCACGAUCUCUGGGUACAAGGUCGACAAGUCGUCAAGGAUUAUUAUCCAAUUACUCGAUUUUGGUUUUUACAUACUGCUUUAAUCAGUGUCCUUCACCCUGACGAUUUAGAGAUUCUGCUCUCUAGUCAAAAAGCUAUUGAAAAAUAUUAUGUUUACUGGUAUCUCCACUCUUGGUUGAAAACUGGCUUACUUACGAGUACAGGUGAAAAGUGGCGAGAGAGAAGAAAAAUCCUGACACCUGCAUUCCACUUUAACAUUUUGAAAAAAUAUAUUGAAAUAACAAAGGAACAAGGAGAAAAGUUCAUUGACGAGCUCAAGAGCGAGGGACAAGAAACUGUGAAAAGCCUCAUUCCAUUUUUUUCGGACAUUACUCUGAAAAUUAUCUGUGAAGCAUCUAUGGGAGUUGAUUUAGAUAAAAUGAACCAGGAAAAAGUUGAAAAAUACAAACAAGCAAUACAUGAUAUGGGGAAAAUUGUGCUUUAUAGAGCGAUGAGACCUUAUAUCGUAAAUAUUAUUUUUCCUCACACGGCAAUGGGAAAAUUAAGUUCGAAAUCUCUUGACGUACUCCACGAGUUCACAGAUGAGGUUAUAAAGGAACGAAAAAAAUAUCACGAAAGCAAAGGAAAUAAGUUUUUAGAUGAACACACUUACGAAGUGGAAGACACUGUAUUAAAUGACAUUCACAUGGGUCACAAAAAAAGAUUGGCUAUGCUCGAUUUGCUCUUGGCAGCUGAAAAAAAAGGGUUGAUAGAUGAUACCGGAAUAAAAGAAGAAGUGGAUACUUUCACGUUCAAAGGUCACGAUACCACGGCGAUGGCCAUGACUUUUAUAGUGAUGCAAUUGGCUGAAAACAAGGAAGCACAAGACAAAGCCAGACUGGAAGUGACCGAGAUCAUGAACAACUCCAGUGGCAAGCUGGGAAUGACGGAAAUCCAGAAAAUGGAGUACUUGGAAUGUUGUAUCAAAGAAGCCUUGAGGCUGUACCCUCCAGUGGCCACAGUCGGAAGAUACAUAUACGACGAAUUACAAUUAAAACAUGCUCUUUUGCCAACCGACUCACACAUAAUGAUUCAUUUUUGGGAUACCCACAGAGAUCCGAAUUUCUGGCCUGAUCCUGAAAAGUUCGAUCCUACCAGAUUCACCCCUGAAAAUUCUCGAAAUCGACAUCCUUUUUCUUAUUUACCUUUCAGUGCUGGGCCUCGUAACUGCAUAGGUCAAAAGUUUGCCAUGAUGGAACUGAAGUUACUAACGGCCCGAAUUUUGUACGACUUUUACCUCGAGCCAGUUGAUCGAACGGCUGACAUGAAACUUAUCGCUGAUAUGAUAUUGCGACCGCUCGAUCCCGUUCACACAAAAUUUAUUAAAAUAAAAAAAACCUAACACUUCUUGUGUUUUUCAGCAAUUUUUUGAUAGAGUUCCUCAUUCAUAAAGUGGCCUUAUUUUGGUCUAAAAAAAUUUGUAAUGGCAAAUUCAUAACGGCUACUUAGUAAAAUUAUUCGUUUUUAGUUAAAAAAGUUUAGAAAGAACAACUAAUAUAAAUAUUGAAAUGGUUCUGACUGUGGAUGUUGAAACGAGAAGUUCAAAUUAAUUUGUAUUAAAAAAUACUCGCCGUAAUGUUUUUUUAAGUUUUUCAUUUGUUUCUCUUCCCACUGCGCUGAAAGAAGAAAUUUUCUGCCGAAGAGAAAAUACUAUCUCUCGGCACGAGAAUAGCAGAGUUGGUAAAAAAUCAUGUACAACCGGGAGAAAACAAAGAAAGCCUCAGAUCACGUUCUUGUUACCCUCGGCUUCAUCUCCGAUGUCAAACUUUUCUGUGAUCUGAGACAUUUUGUAUUUUUCCUCCCUAGUAUAGGAGUGGAACAUAAAAUUUUAAUAAAUCAAUUACAGCGAGUGAUAUGGCGAUCAAUAUGUAUUAUUUGUCAUGCGGCAUUUAUAAGGUCAGAAAAUAA